CUGAAAAAAUUUUAGCCAACAUUGUUGGUUUUAUUUAUCGUUUAGAAUUUACGAAGAAGGAAUUCGGUUAAAGUUGGUAUUUCGCAACGAUUUUUAAUUAAUACAGCUCGGAAAUGAACCGCACUAAUAGGCGCCGUGAUUACAUAGAGACUUUGGAAGACUUCUGGAGAAAAGAAUCAGUAUUUUUGGAGAAGAUCUUUGACAAGCGCAUUCCCCUCUAUGAGAUUGAGUUGAUGCAAUUUGAACAUGUCGCUUACCUCCACUGCUCUAGUUUGGUUGGUAAUCCGUCUGUGCGAUCGCAGGACCCCGGGCGACAUCUAUACGAAAGCCUCACACUAUACAUUGACUCUCGGCUUCGGGAUAUUUCAAAUGAAUUGGAGACAUUUACGAACGACGAGCAGUUGGUCAUCGAGUACGUUUGUUAUUGGCGGGAUUUUUCGAAAGGAUGUGAGCAACUGGACCGAGCAUGUGGCUAUCUCAAUCGCAACUGGGUGAAACGGGAGCAGUCCGAGGGCCAUGACCAUGUCCACAAAGUCUACCGUAUGGCCAUGAUCCGCUGGAAGGAGCUGGUCUUCAGUCCUAUUGACAGUGGCCUGGUCACCGCCAUUACACUGUUGUUGAGGCAAAACGUUAGGAGAUCCGUGUUGUACCAGGCCCUUCAAUCCAUUGUGGAGCUUUACGCCAACGAUCCGAAUCAAGACGUUCCGGUACCAAAAAAACUAGAAAACGUGUUCACUGCGGAUGUUGUGCGUUUCUACAAGUCGGAGACCCGGGCGGAAUUGCAAAGGAUUGCGGGUUUUAAUGCUUACAGCGAAUUCAAGCAUUUUCUUAAGUAUGCCUGCUUGGCUAUGCCAGAAAUAGAGAAAGAAGACGUGUUUAGGAGAAUUCUAAUGUGGAGAAGUUUUGAACAGUUUUGAACGACAAUUUAUUGUUCGUAAGCGUAGCACUACUUUGAUGUACUUAAGAUUUAAAUAUAAGGUAACACUUGCAAUGGAAAUGUAAAAGGACGCUACGAAAGCUCUCGGAAUAUAAUGAAUAAAUGGAAAUAUUAACGACUCCAA